AUGUACCGUGACAUGGAAGAAGAAUUUAAAGCCUUCGACUCAGAACUGGGUCAUAUCCAAAAUAAUCUGUUUCAACUGGCGCCAAUCGACACUGAGACAAUGCAAUCCAGUUUACUUAAAGUGGAAAGCCCCAUCGUCACCGACAGCGGUGGUAACAAGAAACUGGCCCUUCGUUUUGAUGUCAGCAAUUUCAAACCCGACGAAAUCGAAGUAAAAACCAAAGAGAAUGUUCUCUACGUUCACGCUAAACACGAAGAAAAUACGCCAGACAAGAAAGUGUUUAGGGAAUUCAGCAAACAGUAUAGCCUGCCGAAAAGUGUGGACCCUGCUAAACUCAAGUCGAUGUUAACUAAAGAUGGAGUUCUUCAUAUUGAAGCACCUGCACCCGAAGCGAUCGCUCCGAAACCAGAACCAGUCCCCCCCACUUUGCUCUCUCUCUCUCUCUCUCUCUUCCUCUCUCUCUCUCUCUCUCUCUCUGCUUGCUACAAAGAAGGACGUGUUUCUCUCUCGUGCUCUUUCUUCCUCUCUCUCUGUUUCCGCUUUCUAUCGCUUCUUCUUCUUUUUUCGCUUGCUUCUCACUUAUCCGCAAGAAUCAGUCCAGCUUAUCCACUGGUGACAGUCAAAAUUGUUUUUUUUUCUUUUUGA